GGCCAUCACGGCAACUAAAAAUAUACCAUAAACCCUUCGUUUUUUCUCUACACUGGCUCGAUGGAGAUCCCAGGAAUUGGAGAAAACAAAAAACUAACCUGAAGAAAGUUCAAUCCUUCUCUCCGCACUCGUUUUCACCGUUUAUUGUAGUGAGGAUAUGGCAUUGAGAGGAGUAUGGCAGUUGAAGAAGCUGGUUGUGAGCUACUGUGACUGGGGAGGAAGUAGUCGAGGAAUCCGGGCAUUCAUGGAAUCUGAACUACCUGCAUUUAAAGAGGGCAAUCCUCAACUAGAGGUUGUUUCUGAACUCAACCGUGGUCGGCAUCCAUUUUUAAAAGCACUUUACAAGAACAAGAAUGAACGUGUUGUCUGCGUGAGGAAUCUGACACCUGAAGAUGUUCUGCAACAUGCGACAAGGCUAAGAAAUGCAUUAGGAAGGAAGGUGGUAAAGCUGAAGACCAGGCAUGUCACUAAGCACCCGAGUGUUCAAGGUACAUGGACCCCAGACACAAAGUUUGAAUGCUGAAAAACCCUAAAUCGUCAGGAAUCCCAUUAGAUUGCAAGCUAUCAUCACUGUAUCUUCUGCAGUGAUAUCUGUUUGAUUUUCACAUGUAUGCUAUAAUUUUAGACCUUCAAAAUUACAAAAUCAUAAAAAGGUCCUGUAACAGAUCUCUAGCAAAGAAAUGUGCGAGAAAACGUGAUUUUAGAUUUAUUUUUUAUCCUAUCAUUUUGGGAACACAAGAAAUUUUGUGAUACUCAGAGUUACUUGAUGAUAUUUCCUAAUUUGUUGUGUUCAGCAGAAGAAAAAAUGUACUAAAAUGUAUUUGCUUGUAAUUGUAAAUUAUUUGUACCUAUAUUAUUAGAUUUAUACA